CAUCUAAUUACCCAUUCGCCGGUUUGCAAAAAUAACUCGAUACGGAAAUAAAACGCGCUUAUUAUUUUACGCUUAGCCUAUGAGUUCGCCCUUGCAUCCAUUAUUAAUUUAUUGCUUUUUAUUGCCGGAAAUAAUCGUUUAAAAAUCAACAAGCUUGGGAAUUUACAGCCCGAAGACGCUUGCUAUUAUUUCACGGGUUUAUGGAGAUUGAUGGAUUGAUGUAGUGACUCCCCGCACGUAGGCAAGCGGGGAUGCCCACUCGACGCGUGACCUGCAUCUUUAAUGCUCUCGAGCGCGCAGCGCCUUACAAGCCCUUUUUAAUCAUUUGCGCGUAUCACGCGCGUCUAGAAAUGUGACAAUAAUAAUAAACAAUAAUAAUAAAUGGCAUGUUAUUGAAACGCGUGGAUGUAAAUUGUGAACACCGUAGCCUUAUAUUUAUUUUUUUCGUAACGACCAACAUCCACCAUUCGGCCGCAAAGCGGCGCACGUGGACGCCGUGACCGGCAGGCCCCGCCCUCCGCCAGCGCGUCACGGCAUCGUGUCGCCGGUUCCGUAUUUAAAGCGCGGACGGCGAGGGACGUGCCGUUAGAGAUUACCGGGAAGCAAAAGAGAGGAGGUCUUCGAAAUUUUUAACUGAUACAAGUCGGCGCUAGUCGUUCGAAGAAGAAGGUUUGCAAAGAAGGGCGUCUUUAAUUCUAGACGUUUUGGAGUUUCCGAAGCCGGUGUGUAACGUGCUGCUGCUGCUGCUGUGUUCCUGCUGAUUUUUCCCAAUCCUAAAGGAAUGCCAAGGGAACUAACACAGAACAGGAUCCAAAAAAUCUGGAUUCCCUCUAAGGAUGACAAACCUUCAAUGCCCCGCACAUCACGCGGAGGCCCCCACCUGGCGAACCCCCCGACAGUGAUAGUGAUGGUAGGGCUCCCCGCUCGGGGCAAAACCUACAUUUCAAGAAAACUCACACGCUACCUCAACUGGAUUGGGAUUCCCACAAAAGUUUUUAACGUCGGAGAGUAUCGACGAGAGGCUGUGAAACACUACAGCUCUUAUGAUUUCUUCAAAUCGGACAAUGAGGAUGCUGUAAAAAUCCGACAGUAAGUUGUGUGCCUGAACUACACAAUGCGUCAUAUGAAAAUAAUGUAUGAAA